AUGGAUUUGGAACAGAUGACCAAAAUUGAGAAGUUUUUGGUAGAAUUUGACAAUUUUUUCACUUCGCUUAAAGAAAAAACUAGUUACCAAGCCGAAAUAGGAGUUCCUAACGGAAAAGGAGUUGCUUAUAGUUUUGAUCCAGUUGGUUCAUAUGAACCAUUGAUUUGUUGUACCGGAGAAUUAACAGCAACAUUGGUUCAACCUUUUCUAGAUAAUCAAGUAAAAAAUUUUUACGCUGUGUUUAUUAUCACAAAAUAUGCAUUUACAUCAGCUGUAGAAGGAGAUAUAUACACUGCCAAUUGUUUAGAAAUAUUUAUUAUGACAAAAGGUAGGUAG